UAAAGGGCUGGGGGCGGCGGCGGUGCGACCCAGAGCGCGGAGCGCGCAGCGCGGGCCGGAGGGAGGGAGGGAGGGCGGGCGAGAGGCAAGGACCCGACACUCGGCACCCGGCACCGGACAGGCCGGACCGAGGGCCCACCGCAGAAGGCAGACCUGCCGAGAUCCUAGUGGGGAAGGGCGACCUCUCCGGGCCCCGCGGGGCCGCGCACUGGGCGUCCUCCACCGCGCGCCCGCUCCCUCCAUCCACCUGCCGCCGGGGACCCGGCCGUCGGCGCGCGCAUCCCCAGGCUCGGGUCCGUUCCCGGCCCUCGAGGGCGCCGCCACCUCCAUCUCCGCCUCUGCAGCGUCCGCAGCCGCAGACGCCCGGGCGGGACCCCGGCGUGAGCACCGGGCGCCCCCCCAGGAGUGCACGACCCCCGGAGCCGCCCUCGAUACGGACCGCGCCCACCGGGCACACAAGAAUGGUCACUCAGAUACUGGGGGCCAUGGAGUCUCAGGUUGGGGGGGGGCCGGCCGGCCCGGCCCUGCCCAACGGGCCACUCCUUGGGACAAACGGAGCCACUGACGACAGCAAGACCAACCUCAUCGUCAACUACCUACCCCAGAACAUGACACAGGACGAGUUCAAGAGUCUCUUCGGCAGCAUCGGGGACAUCGAAUCCUGCAAGUUGGUCCGGGACAAGAUCACAGGGCAGAGCCUGGGGUAUGGGUUUGUGAACUAUUCUGACCCCAAUGAUGCAGACAAAGCCAUCAACACCCUCAACGGCCUCAAACUGCAGACAAAGACCAUCAAGGUGUCCUAUGCACGCCCCAGUUCCGCCUCUAUCCGGGAUGCUAACCUGUACGUCAGCGGCCUCCCCAAGACCAUGAGCCAGAAGGAGAUGGAACAACUCUUCUCGCAGUACGGUCGGAUCAUCACUUCCAGAAUCCUGCUGGACCAGGCCACAGGUGUCUCUCGGGGUGUGGGAUUCAUCCGCUUUGACAAGAGGAUCGAGGCGGAGGAAGCCAUCAAGGGACUAAAUGGACAGAAACCACUGGGCGCAGCCGAGCCAAUCACCGUCAAGUUCGCAAACAACCCGAGUCAGAAGACGGGACAGGCCCUGCUCACCCACCUGUACCAGUCCUCUGCCCGGCGCUACGCGGGUCCCCUGCAUCAUCAGACACAGCGCUUCCGGCUGGACAAUUUGCUCAACAUGGCGUAUGGAGUCAAAAGGUUUUCCCCAAUCGCCAUCGACGGCAUGAGCGGCCUGGCCGGUGUGGGCCUGUCUGGAGGCGCUGCGGGCGCCGGCUGGUGCAUCUUCGUGUACAACCUGUCCCCGGAAGCCGAUGAGAGUGUGCUGUGGCAGCUUUUCGGACCCUUUGGGGCAGUCACCAAUGUCAAGGUCAUCCGAGAUUUCACCACCAACAAGUGCAAGGGCUUCGGCUUUGUCACGAUGACCAACUACGAUGAGGCAGCCAUGGCCAUCGCCAGCCUGAACGGCUACCGCCUGGGUGAGCGUGUGCUGCAGGUGUCCUUCAAGACCAGCAAGCAACAUAAGGCCUGAGAGGUCGCCGCCCUCCCUCCCCGGGCAGCAGAGAGAGAGAGAGAGAGAGAGAGAGAGAGAGAGAGAGAGAGAGAGGGAGAGAGGGAGAGAGGGAGGAGAGAGAGAGAGGAGAGAGGGAGAGAGAGAGAGAGAGGGAGAGAGAGAGAGAGAGAGCGUGACUGCAAGAGCAGGCAGACCCACACACCUGCAAAAAACACCACAGGGUGAGCAUUGGGAUGGGGGGGUCUGCAGGAAUGGGGGGGACCCCCACCCUGUUCUCCCUGCUUCCCCCCCACCCAGCUGGGGCCUGUUCACUCUCUCGUCUUGGUUUGGUUCAUGGUGAUGGCUUUUGUUUCUUUUUUCGGCUAAAAAUAAAAAGAAGAAAGCAGAGAGGAGACCCCCCCCAUCCCACCUCCCCCUCACCACCCUGCAUGGGUUGGCUCAGGGGACACAGCAGUGCCCCACCCAGGCCUCCCUUGCCCAGGCCUGUCCUAUACCGCAAGAAAGGGGAGGGAGCAGGUUUAAAAAUCCCCAAAACAGCAAAAACACGAAAGAGGGGUGUGGGCAUCCCCAUCCCCCCGCCCCAGUCCCCUGGGCAGAAAACAGGGAGCAGGGUUGGGGCAGGGCAGGAAGCAGAAACAAAAUGAAAAAAAAAAAAAGGGGUGGGGUGGGGUGGGAGGGGAAGAAAAUCUCUAUUUUUGUAAAAAGGGGAAAAGACCUCGUGGAGAAUUUUUACUGGGGAUUCUUGAACUUGAAAAAAAAUCACAAAAAAAAGACAAAAAAAAAAAAAGAAACUAUUUUGGCAAGUUAUGUUUACCAACUAACUGGGGCAGAGGGCACAGGGAGCAGGGCUGAGGGGUUGGAAGUCCACAGGGCCGCCAGUACACACACACACACACACACACACACACACACACACACACACACACAGCCACAGGAAGCCAGGAGGGACAUACACUUGGACCUUGGAAACAGAUACACAACACACACAGAAACAUUUCAGGAUACAUUCAGGAAGGUUGACCAAACCCACACCAGAGGACGGAGACACACGGACCUUGGGGUUGCAUCGACACAGACAUUGGCUGCUUGUCCACAAAACCACGUGUAUACAAGCCACUGUGACAGAUCCAUUCGGAUGUAGGAAUCUGGACACAAGUUUCCAAAGAGAGCCUGGGAUGCCACUGGGUUGGCGGAGUGCUUGUAGAGUGUAACGAAGCCUGGGUUCAUCCCCAGCACUGCAUAAACCUGGUGUGGUGGUGCACAGCCCUCAUUCAUCCUAGCACUUGAGAGGCAGAGGCAGAAGAUCAGGUCAAGACUAGCCUUGGCUACAUAGUGAGUAUGAGGUCAGCCUGGGCUACGUAAGACCUUGUCUCAAAACACAAAAACAAAUAGGUCACCUAGAAACAUACAACACCUAGGGACAUACACCCAUGUUCACAGCACCCUACAGGCCCAGACAAGACGUUCCCACUGGAGACCUUGAUCUAGGUACUUCCUCCAGCCAGGCUGUCCAGCCACUUCUCCCUGGGCCCCAAUAAGCCCCAGCCCCAGGUUCUCUGCACAGACUCCUUAGCCCACCAGGGGCCUCCCUGCUGCCCACCACACAGGCGUACACACAUGGCGUCCAUGCAUCCAAACACACAAUACCUCGUUCCACUUUGGCAUCACCGUGGGCUGGAGGGGGCUCCCCACAACACUGAGGCCAAAGGACCCCCGUGCCCCUGGGGCUCAGCCUCCCUGGGACCAGGGGGAGGUCUGCAGUCUCCCUCAUCUAGGGCCAGCGUGCUCCCCACCGCAGCAAGCACCCAGCACCCCCCCCCCCCCAGAUGCAGGGGUGGAUGGACCCAAGGUGUCCCCCACAUUCCUUCCCAUCCACGUGUCGCCCUCUUUUGAUUGUUGGGUUUUUUCGUCUUUCCGGACUGUGGGGGAACCAUGGAUGCAGCCUUCAUGAGCCCCAGCCCUGGCUUCUGACUGGAUUUUGCAUCCAAACCCCACACUUUGACUUUUUAUUCUUUUAUGCAAGUUCCAACAGAAGCCACAGGCUGGAGCCCCUGGGAGCCCCAAACCUUCAACCCACCCCUCAGUGGGCCCAGUCACACCCGAGAGUCGUGAAGCCCCCCGCCCACUGGUUCUAGUUGCUUUCUUCCGGUGUCCUCUGCGUUUGGUGUCUGGCCACGGUCCCAUUUGAGCGUCCCAACUCUCUCUCCCCACCCCUCCUGGUGUUGUUCUUAACCGUCUGUGGAGUUUCUGCUGCAAGGAACAAAAAGAAAAAAAAAAAUUAAAAAAAGACCAAAAAAUAAAAAAUGAAAAAAAAAAAGAAAAAGAAAGAAAACUCAGAAGAUGAAAUAUAGCAACAGGAAAGAAAGAAAAAAAGACAAAAACACACACAAAGACGAUUUAAAAAACAAAAAAAAGGAAAAAAAAGAUAAACUGUCACCAGUUAACUUUCUUGUACUUUUUUGCUGAAUUUAGCUUCAUGUAGUUUUAACUUAUUGCUAUGUUAACUAUUUAUUAUCCUUGUUGGCCUGUUAAGGACCUUUGUGUAUAUUUCUGUUCUCUCAUUGCUUUGCAAGUUGAAGGAAGAUGUCCCUUUUCUUUCAGUUUUGCUGAGAUGUGGUUAUGCCUAAUUUAUUUAUAAAAAGGGGAAGUGGAGUCAUUAAAGUAAUAAUUAUUAAUAACAGUAAUGGUAGCGGAGUGCCCCCCGGGGGUGCCGUGGGCUCCGAGGGGUGGGGUCCCCACAGCUGUCGGUGCCCAGGGCCUCUCAACGGGAUUGUUUUGCUAUUGUCUUGAGAAGUUUUUUGUCUAUUAGCUGGUGAACUCUAGCUUGCUCACGAUACACCAAACCUAUUUAUUCUGGUGGUUUCUAAGUCUGCCCUAAUCCUCCCCCUCCCUCCCAGCAGGACAGGGACUCCCCGCCUUCAGGGGGUCCGACCCCUUCUUUCCCUGCUGUUUCUGGGGUCUCCCCCUGCCCUCCGCACAUGCUGGAGGCAUCCGAGCAAUAAGGGCUGGGUUUGUCCCCCACCCUGGGGGGAGGGCGGGCUCUGAAGAGGGGGCUCCUCCCCCCCACCCCCUCCCACCAAGGCCUAGGUCCCUGCUGCCCCCAAGACUGGGAGGAGGGGACUUUUUUCUAAGACACAAGCUUAGCCCAGCCAGGCCCCCUCCCUGGAGGCCAGUCCCCCAAGAGGGCCAGGCCAAGGGCUCCCAGGGAGAGGGGCCCUUGGGUCUUCCAAAGUCCCUGGGGGCCAGGGGCAGGGCCAGUAGGGAGGGGGCUCAGCCCCUCCAACCCUUCCUUCAUCCUGUUUAUUGGGAAAGUUUCAAACCAUGACAGAGUCCAUGUUGGAGGUGAUAUAAAGAACUGUAGAAAAAAAACAAAAAAAAAAAACCAAACCUCAACCCAAACCCACGAACACUUCAAGUUGCGUUUAGACUAUUUAUUACUGAGAUUCCAGGCCUGGCCGCGGUAACUGACUUUUACAUGGAAUUGUUUAAUUAUUUGUACUUUUCAUGCCAGAAAAUAAAAAGUUCAGAAUCUUAA